GGAUUCAGUGGGAUUCUGUAUGGCAACAGAAUGUAAGGGAUCAGGGGGAGGCUUAGAUGUUUGGGGGUACAGGGUGACUGGGAUGGAAAACACCGAGCAGGUAGCCAGACAGUGAAAAAGUAGCCCUAUGCAUCUAGCCUCAUGUAGCACAGUGUGCAUGUAGACCAAUGAACUGGGUGCAGGAUAAGAGAAUUAGCCACAGAAGCAGAUUUGCACUGCAGGAUUUUCUCUCUUCAUCCAUUUCCCACCUAGAUCUGUGUCUGCAAACAAAUCCUUCCCAACGAAUUCCUAAAUUCUGAACCUUCUUGCAAAUAAAUGAGGACACACCAUGUUGACCAGCAUAGCAGAACGCAUUAUGUAUUGCCUAACUGGCAAAACACCAAAUUCUGUGGGGCCUGUGGAUAUUUCAGAGACCAGCGAUGGCUACGAUUUCCUGGAAGUAAAACCUGGAAGGAUCUUACGAGUGCGACAUUAUUUGCCUUCACGUCCAGGAGGGGGAGAGCAAGAAGAAUUAGACAAAAAGAAAAAUCCAGGACAAGGCAUGGUCCCUUGCAAACGUCGUAUCACCGUUUACCGCAAUGGGCAACUGGUGAUCGAAAAUCUAGGUGCAAACCUGCGAUCUGAGAUAUUUCAUUGUCGCAAUGGGAAUUCUGAGCCUGCUGGGACAGUAGAGGUGGAAUUAUCUGAUUUUACUAGCACGGGCAAUGAAGGUGUAUCUGGAAAAGAGAGUGAUGUACCCCCUGGGAAGCGCCGAAAACGCAAACCAAAGAAGGUAGUGGUGGUCGACUGCCAAAGGCAGGUGACUGGAUGUAAAGGAACCCAUUCUGACGUGGUAUUAUUCUUUAUACAUGGCGUUGGAGGCUCUCUUGACAUUUGGAAGGAACAACUUGAAUUCUUCUCCAAGCUUGGCUAUGAGGUAGUGGCCCCUGAUUUGGUGGGGCACGGAGCCAGUGCCGCCCCCCAGAUUGGCGCUGCCUACACUUUUUACGCACUUGCAGAGGACAUGAGGUGCAUGUUCAAACGCUAUGCCAAGAAGAGGAACAUAUUGAUUGGACAUUCUUAUGGAGUCUCAUUCUGCACUUUCCUAGCCCAUGAAUAUCCUGACUUGGUCCACAAGGUGGUUAUGGUAAAUGGGGGAGGUCCCACAGCACUUGAACCAAGCCUGUGCUCCAUCUUCAAUAUGCCCACUUGUGUCCUACACUGCCUGUCACCAUGUCUGGCCUGGAGCUUCCUCAAGGCUGGCUUUGCACGACAAGGUGCCAAAGAGAAGCAGCUUCUACGGGAGGGUAAUGCCUUCAACGUGUCAUCUUUUGUUUUACGAGCCAUGAUGAGUGGUCAGUACUGGCCAGAAGGGGAUGAAGUUUACCACGCAGAACUUACUGUUCCCGUCCUCUUGGUGCAUGGCAUGCAUGACAAGUUUGUUCCACUCGAUGAAGACCAAAGAAUGGCAGAGAUCCUCCUGAUCUCGUUCUUAAAGGUUAUAGAAGAAGGUAGUCACAUGGUCAUGCUGGAAUGUCCAGAAGCUGUCAACACUCUCCUCCAUGAGUUCUUUCUAUGGGAGCCAGAUGUCCAAAAUCAAGGAGUGGAGGAGUCUGGCAAUGAGUGAAUGUGAGCAGAACAUCAGAUCGGCAAGACACAGAAGAUGAACUUUUGUGGUGUUUACCCAAGCAAUGGGCAUUAGUCUAAGUUUGGAGAAGAUGCCCAGUGGUCUUUCUACCACCGGCCAAGGUUUUUAAGACUUUGGCCCCGAGAGGAUGGCGUCAAGGGAACAUAUUAUUCCAGAGAAUAAAGCAAGUUUCUAUAGAGCAGGGCUCAUCAGCUCUUUGUCUGUUAUUUUCUCUACCCACAGCAAGUUGCUGGAUCUAGAGAGAGGUUGUAAAGGUCCAUUGUGGGUAACACAUUGGAAUGUCAGUCAUUGCAGAAUUGGGUGGGUUAUUGGCCAAAAAUCCAAAAUAAGAAGGGAGGUUUUCAAAUGUGGAGGACUGACAAGCUGGAAAGAGGAGAAUGAAGACUUUAAAGGAAAAUUACCUAUUGUCUGUUUUAAAAGAAUAAAAUGACAUAUAGAUUUAUAUCUGCAAAAUAUCUCAUGUCAUGACAAAUAUUUACCCCAUUUCUUUCCAAUGAAAUACUGCUGACAGCAAACGGGUUAUGUCUAUGAACAAUCCAUACUGCAAAUCAAAUACAGUGGGCAAUAAACAACAACAAAAAUAAUAAUUUAGACAUUGCAUAGAAAACAUGAAAAAACAAAAUUAAACAAAAUUGUCUACAAUGCAUUUUCUGUGCUCACGUUUGUUUGAUACCCUGUCUUUUUGCUUCUUUUGCAAAUAUGUUGGGGACUUCUUAAAAUCAGUAUUAAUACAAGUAAACGUGUAAUUUAU